GGGACUGUGCUGGGCUGGGGCUGCGGCAGCGACGGGGCGGUGCCUGGACCGGGGAGGGAGAGGGAGAGGGAGAGGGAGAGGGAGAGGGACAAGAUGCUGCCUCUCCGGCCGCUGCCGCCGCUGCUGCUGCUGCUGACUUGUGUCGCCGUCUCGUCGCCGUUCAGGAAGAGCCGUCAGACGGAUUACUGGGGUCCGUGGGGUGAGUGGGGAGAGUGCAGCCAGACCUGUGGUAUUGGUGUCACCGUCCGGGAACGGAGGUGUUUCUCAAACCGGCGAGACGGUGGGAGCAACUGCCUGGGGCCGCUGAGAGAUUACCGAGUUUGCAACGUCCAGGACUGUCCGGAAGGCUCGCGUGAUUUCCGGGAAGAGCAGUGCUCCGCCUUUGAUGGCACCGACUUCCAGGGCAAGCAAUACAAGUGGCUGCCGUACUAUGGAGCCUCCAACAAGUGUGAGCUAAACUGUAUCCCUCGCGGGGAGAACUUCUACUACCGUCACGGGGCGGCAGUCAAAGACGGGACGCUGUGUGAGCCGGGCGGCAGAGACAUCUGUGUGCAGGGGGUGUGCAAGGCGAUGGGUUGUGACAACACGCUGGAAUCGAUACAGACUGAGGACAAGUGUCUGGAGUGCGGGGGAGACGGAAGCUCCUGUUCUAAAGUGAAAGCCACGUUUGACGUUGUAGAUUUACCCAAAGGUUACAAUCAAAUCCACAUCAUUCCCAUCGGGGCCACGAGUAUCCGUAUCCGCGAAGUCCUCCCCACACGGAAUUACCUCGCCGUGAAGAACGUGCGUGGGGAGCAUUAUCUGAACGGCCACUGGACCAUCGACCCCAGCCGGGCCCUACACGUGGCGGGCACCGUCCUGCACUACCAGCGCGGGGCCGAGGGGGACGGGACCCCCGAGACUCUGCACGGCCGAGGACCCACCUCCGAGCCCCUCAUCCUCGAGAUAAUCAGCCAGGAUCCCAACCGUGGCAUCGAGUACGAAUACUACCAGUCGCGGCACGGGGCGCAGCCACAGGGCUACUUCUGGAGCGUCGGAUCCUGGGGUCCCUGCAACAAGGAGUGUGGGGGAGGCUUCCAGACCAGACUGGUGUCGUGCACCAUCGACAAUGAGGCCUACCCCGACUACCUGUGCCUGGGCCACCGCCGGCCCAGAGGCAACCAGACCUGCAACACCCUGCCCUGCCCCCGCACACGCCGGCUGACAUUCAUAAAUCCACCCCGUCCUUGGAAACAGAGGGAGUGCCCAGCGUGGAGAGAGUACAGCUGGCGGUCGGGGCCGUGGAGCGGGUGCUCGGUGAUGUGCGGGGGAGGGGUGCAGACACGGCCGGUGUACUGCGCGACCAUGGACGGGGAGACGGUGGGGGACGAGGAGGAGUGCGCCGCGGUCAGGGACAAGCCCCUCGCCCGCCAGACCUGCAACCCGCUGAAGUGCGCGGAUUGGAGGCCCGGCCCCUGGUCACAGUGCUCAGUGUCGUGUGGCGGGGGCCAUCGUACCCGGGCGGUCCCCUGCGUGUCUUCAUCGGGCGGCCAACAGCCCGACUUCAUGUGCGGCUCCCGGCCCCCACCAGCCGCCUCCGAGCCCUGCGAACAACGUCGCUGCCACGACACCCACUCCUGGUACAUCGGAGCCUGGGGCCCGUGCUCGGUGAGCUGUGGGGAGGGCCUGCAGUCACGGCCAGUCUCCUGCAUGUCACAGCUGGGUGGGCAGCUCCUGGACUCCGCCUGCUCCUCCCAGCCCCGGCCCAGCGCCCGGCAGACCUGCUCCCGCCUCGCCUGCCCCCCCUCCUACUCCUGGCACGUCGGUGCCUGGGGCCUGUGCUCCAAGAGCUGUGCGUCGGGCCGCAGGAAGCGGCAGGUGAUCUGCUACAACCAGGAGCGCAACCACUGGGACCCCCGACAAUGCGACGCCCGCAGACAACCCCGCGACAUGGAGGACUGCAACACACAGUCCUGCUACCUGCCCCAGGCUGUCCCAAGUUUUCCAGAUCCCACGGGAUUUAAUCCGGAUGAGGAGCCGAUGACCUUCCCAUAUGUUGAGUCCCUCCCAGUAUUGGACCCCUACUUCCCGGACUUCCUGCCGGAUCGGACGGAGACAAACCUGCUCCCCGUCGCCUUGCCGCCGCAGGGGUCGGACGUGGCGAGGUUUUACCACCACGUGCCGGAGUCGGACUCCCCACUCUCCGGCCGGUUUGGGCCCGGGGGACGGCAGGAGCUGCUGGGGUCGGAGCGGUGGGACUGCCACACGGAACCUUACGGCUGCUGCCCUGAUGGCUACGCAGCCGCUGAUGGGCCAGGGGGUGCGGGCUGUCCCCUCAUCCCCUGCUACAAGAGCAGGUAUGGCUGCUGUCCGGAUGGAGUGACGUCGGCCCAAGGCUUAAACCAGGCUGGCUGUCCCAGGCACCCGGCUGAGCGGCUCUUCGAGGGGACCGAGCCCUUCUCCGAAUCCAGGGUCGCUGCCCGGAACAGUGCACCAGACCAAUGCCGGGCCUCCAGGUACGGCUGUUGCCAGGAUGAGACCACGUCGGCCCUGGGACCGGAAGGCGAGGGAUGCAGGGAGCAGCUCUCCCACUUGCUCCCGGCCCGGUGCCAGCUGGUGAGCGCCAACGGGCCCUGCAGUGACUGGGUGGCCCGCUGGUUCUUCGUGCCUCAGCCCGGCGCCUGCAACCGCUUCUGGUACGGGGGUUGCCACGGCAACCGCAACAACUUCCCCACGGAGGCCGAGUGCGUGCGGCACUGCCAGACGCCGGACGAGGGGGGGGCUCCCGACCCCCAGCGUUGGAGCCCAUCCAGCGGACGGCACCAACCGCCCAGCAGGGACCCCUCCCCCGCCCCACGGGAAGCGCCCAACCACAGGUUGCAGAUCGACCGGAGUGACGCGGGCACGGUGUCGGUGCGGCCGGGGGAGACGGCUCGGUUACCGUGCCGGGUCCAGGCAUCGCCCCCCCCCAGCGUGGAGUGGCGUAGACACGGCCGGCCCCUGCUCUCCCUCAGGCACAGCAAGCAUCCGGACGGAUGGCUGGUGAUCAGCCGGGUUCAGCCACAAGAUGCCGGAGUGUACACGUGUCACGUGUCGGACGGACGGGAUCAGGACUUCCGUCAAGUUGAGCUGAAGGUCCAAGGAGCGCUGAGGAUCACCACCCCCCCGCGGGACGUGCGAGUGGCUCUCGGAGGGCGUGCCGAGCUGCCCUGUGCGGUGUCCGACCCGCAGGCUCACGUCCGCUGGACAAGGAAUGGCGUCCCACUGAGAGUGGACACAGAGAGCGCCGUCGUCUCCCUGGACGGCACCUUGACUCUGCGUAACGUGCAGCUGGCGGACUCGGGGACGUACACCUGCAACGCCUACAGCGGUUCACGAGCAGUCAGUGCCAGUGCCGACCUGACAGUGACAUCCACAGAGACAGUGAUGCACUCCGCAGCCCCUGAGCCGCUGUGUGUGGACCUGCCGGAGCUGGCAAACUGUGACCUGAUAAUAAAGGCCAACCUGUGCUCCAACCAGUACCACGCCAGCUUCUGCUGCGCAAGCUGCUCCAGACACACGACUGGCGACGGCCCGCUGCAGCAGGGAUAACAGGGCCGUGCAUGGGCAGCUCAGCUCAGCUCGCUGCACGCAGGUCCCCUGCUCUUGCAGUGACAUGCAAAGGUCGACUCCAGAACAUGAAUAAGAGGUGCUGCAAGUAACUUUUGAUAAUUCAUUCCACAGUCAAAGGUGAUCAGCGUUCUCCUAAAUGUACAAGCAGUGAUAUCUAUUUCUUAAAUAUUCAAGAAGCUUGUAUGUAUUUUUUAAGAGAUACUUUUUGUAAAUUUAGAAUUAAACGUUGAUGCAAUCUUUAAUCAGGUGAUUUAGAGUGUACAAUUUUCAAGAAAGGGAGGUUUAGUUUCCUCCAAAGAGAUAUUUUGAUAUUUAUCUGCAUUCGGAAUUUGUGACGGAAGCUGGUAUUUUUACAAGCAGAACGUUGAGAUGUUGGAAACACUCACUGAACUAACAUUGUUGAAUGGACCCAACUGUUGUGAGCAUUGCCACUCCUCCUCUGCACACAAGGAUCAUAUUUUAUAGACAAGAUGUUCAUGUCAAAUUAUAUUGUGUACUCUUUUUAACAUUUCCACGAAUGACAAUUAAAACAACUUAUUUUGAAACAA